AGCUCGCAUACUGGAUACUUGGUAUUGGCACUGAAGGUGAAGGUGAAACCACCACACAGGGAAACUGCAUCAAAUCAACCACCUCGAGGCUCCAUAAUUUAUUCACUACUCGAGUACUUAGUAUUGCUUAGGCAGUCCUUGCAACAACACCAUGCCUUCCGCCACUCUCCUAUCCUAUUCCUACAGCCAGCAAAAGGCCCUGUUCUGGGCAGGCAAGCCCACAGAUGUGAUCGGAAUCACCGGCUCCGUCUAUCUUUGUUACUGCAUUCUCAAGGACCGUGAUGGUCUGAAGAAGAAAGUUUUCCGGAGGCUGUUCCUUGCACUCGCCCUGGCUCAUAUCAUCUUGGUAUGCAUUCAUGUCCUCAGUACUAUCCCAACACCGCAAGGGUCUUUCUAUGGAUCGCUUGGGAGUAGGCAAAGCUGUAGUGCCAUUGGAUUCCUGAGUCACAUUGCCUAUACAAUGACAAUGGUUUACAAUGGGUCUAUUGGUGUCUACUACUACAUCGUCUUUACGUACAACUGGAGUGAUCAGACGAUCAAGCAAAAGGCUGAGCCAUUUUUCCAUGCAAUGGCCGUCAUCUACCCCGUUCUGGGACCAAUCCUCGGACUAGCCUUUGGAAUGUACAAUGCUGACCCAAUACUGCUCCAGUGCUAUGCAUCCCCAGCUCCACUUGGAUGCGGCGAAUCAGGCGGCAUGGAAUGUGAAAGGGGGCACCGCUUUCGAGGCCUCUUUGUGUGGCUCACUGGGUUUGUCGAGCUGAAUGUGGGAACCGUAAUCAAGCUUGGAGCAGUUGUCAAGAUUAUGAUCACAGUCUUGCUGCAGCAGCGCAGAAACAAGAAGCGAUUCAGGGAAAGCAUUGCUGGGCGUACCAGCACAAUAAACGAACACAGUUUUCACAUCCAGUCACAAAUGCAGGAGAAGAAAAAGAAAAAGAUCAAGAGAACAACUGUGGCAGAGGAGACAUGUUGGCAAAGCUUUUGGUUUCUCUUGAGCUGUUUUGUUCCAUACUGUAUGGGGCUGUUUGUGAAAAUGGUGGAUCUGUACUGGGUCAGGAUCCCUGAAGACCGCAAGGCUCCUGGUUGGCUAUUUGUUCUCACCUUUAUCAGUACCAUCUUGUUUCCCAUGCAAGGGGUCUUCAACACACUUAUCUAUCUACGGCCCAAUUACAUGAGACGCCGGAGGACUCAUGGUGAAAAUGAGAGCGCAUGGGAAUGUGCCAAGGCCACAGUAUACACCUCAGCAGGAUUGGCAUAUGACGACAGCAACAGGGCAGCAACAAGCACGACUGUUACCAGGUAUUUGAGUAGCCGUAUGUCAACCACAGCGGACCAGCGAACCAGCCUCCGUGGUCGCUUCACUUCAUCCAUACGCAGCUUGGGCAAGAAUCUCUCCAUGGAAAUUUCGUCGUCCCACCGGAACAAUACCAUUGCCAACACCAGUACUUCUGGUCGCAACGACAAUAAUCAUAUGAGAUCAGGACAGUCGCCUUCGCUGUCAGAUGACGCGGAGGAGAGUAAGGAGAGUUUUGCAGAGGCUUCCGACGUUGAGUGUGACAGCCAACACCAUACGCAGGGGAACGAUGAGACUGAGGAAACAAGGAGUACAGCUCCACAACAACUGGGAGUAUUACAAGACAUCGGGCAUGGCGAUGACAACGAAUCUGGAGAGGCUUCGACACAACGGCUGUCCUGUUUUAAGGACGAAUUGCCAUCCUUACACGGCGAUGGCCUUGACGCAUCACAAGGAGAAGAUGAAGAAGUAGGGCAGAGAACCUCAGAGGUCCCGCAUGGAAUGGAUCAUGAUUACAAUGGCGACUCCCGGCAACCAGCAGACGGUCAUCUGUCUGGACUCAUUGAUUUUGCAAUGGACGACGACGAUGAUGAUGAUGACUCUUCCGAACCGGCAGAUGGCCAUCUGUCUGGAUUCUUCGAAAACGAAAUGGAGGUAUAAUCCGUGCUGUUGAGCGACUUCAAACAUACUCCAAACGCUUCCGUCAAUACAUCAUAUUCCAAUAAUUAGAUUACAUCUUGUACUUC